GCAAUAAUGAAUUAAAACACAUUUUUGAAACAUCAAAAUCAAAAAUAGAUUUUUAUAAUAUUAAUAUCACAAAAGAACAUUUUCCCAAUUUGAGAAAUCUGGCACAAAAAGUUGUGAGUGCUUUUGGAUCGACUUACACUUGUGAAUCGUUUUUUUCGAAAAUGAAAUUCGCCAAAGAUAAAUCACGCACAAACCUAACAGAUGAAAACCUGCAACAUCAAUUACGGUGUGCAAAUACAAGUAUUUCUAUUGAUUUGAAAAAGCUUAGUGAACGAGUUGAGAAACAAAUAUCUCACUAAAUAGUAAUGUUUUUUGUAUUAAAUACUUUUAUUAUAACUUUUAUAUAUUUUAAUUUUUUUUUAAAUUCUUUUAUAUUUUUAUAUGUGGCCUAAUUUUGAAUAAAAUAUGUGAUUACUUAUAUUAAUAUUUUGGCAACCCUAUAUGUGGCCCGCAAGAUUGUGAUGUAUUUACAAAGUGGCCCGCAAGAUCAUUUGGGUUGGCCAUCCCUGAUGUACCAUGUACCUCUCCCGCGAUUACAAUACACGGUCCCGGCACGUACACGAUGGGCGUGGUUACGGUCUACCGCGACGGCGGCGAGAUGGAAUUCAACGCCAUCUCUUGAGUGUUCUAUACGUUUCACUAUUACCACGACGGUCUCUUAAUGUACAUUAUUCUGUGAUAGUUUGAUGGUGUUUGCUAUUAUUAGUAUUAUUAUUCCUUUAAAUUUCUCCGUUAUAUGACAAAGGUCAAAGGUAGUAAUUAUAAUAUGUAAGUAGUAACUAGGUAUUAGGUACCUACAUUGAGGCAUAGAUAAAGAUAUAAUUAAAGUUAUUAUUGCACAGUUCAUGUUUUUGUGAUUGGCAAAUUCGCGAUUAGGUAGUAUACUGAAAAAUGGCUGGAUGCGUUGAACACUUAUCCAAUGAGGUGGGCACUUUGUCAAUCAACGACCACUGGAAUGAACUUGGAUUGGAUGAAAGUCAUAGGACGCAGUUAAAGGAAAUUGAAAAUGAUUAUGAAAGCAUUUUUUCGUGGAACAUCCAACAAUUAACAGGAUGGAAUCAAAACCUUAUGAUUAACCUCAUUGAAAAGGUUCGAGAAAAGUUAGAAAUGAUCAUUGACAAGAAAGAUGAAUACAAUUUAAACAGAUUUUGUUUACAACUGGUAGUUUGUCAUGAACUUUACAUUAGUAAAAGUUACAAGGAAUCAUAUUUAGAAAUUGAAAACAUUGUUAAAUUUAUGAAAACAUGUAAAUUUGAUGAGUCAAACGUACAGUACUCUAAUGCUUAUUGCCAUAUUGCUGAUGCCACCUAUGCUUAUAUUGCAUUAUCAUUGAAAAUUGAUUCAGAAAAGUUAUUAAAGAAUGUUAAAGAAGUUAAUAGUUUUAAUUGUGUGGAGAAAGCUGCACUUUGUGCGGUUAAAGCUAAAAUUUUUAUGGAGUAUCCUCCUAAAGGAAAUGAUAUAGCUUUAACAUUUGCUGAUCAAGCUAGAACCCUUCAUUCUACUGAACCUGAAUGGAUACUAGUUUGGUUGAAAGCUAAAGGACUUGUAAGACGUUAUUAUGAACGAUUUACAAUGCCAGACAAUGAUGAAAUAAAUGCUGCAAAUAUAUGGUCUAAAAAUACUAAUGCUCGACUUUUAAUUCAAGCUUCUAACAUUUACAUGGAAAUAGCAUUUAUUAAUAAAUUAAAAUAUAACCGAGAAGAAUCAAACAAAUAUUAUAAGCUUUCGUAUGAUAUUACUAAAAAAUCAGUUGAAUUAGCCAAAGAUGAUAUACAACAGCUUUGUUCUUGUCUAAUGAUAUGUAUUGAUUAUCCUAAAGAAUUAUUGUCAAAAUCUAUGAUGGACAAUUUAAUUGCAAAACUGACUAAUGUUAGAAAAUGCUGUGUGGAUCAAGUUUUAGGAAAAUAUUAUUUAAAACACGAAAAGGAUUAUGAAAAAGCAAAAAUGUAUUUAUCUCGUGGAAUGUCUGCUGGAAAUUUUAAAAGUUCACUGCAGUUAGUAAAAGUAGAAUGCCUAUUACAACCUGUCGAUAAAUUUCCUUUUGUUCAAACAUUAAAAAUGAUGUAUGAUGUUUUUCCAAGUCCAAAAAGAAGGCUUAUUAUUUUAUCACAAAUAUUGUUAUAUUACAAUUACUGUGAAAAUAAUCCUAAAGAAAUGAUGCGCUACUUAAAAAUGUAUAUUGACCAAGAUAUUGAAAAUGCAUUGAAAAAACAUCAUUUAAUUUUUGCUUUACCAUUGUUUCAUGUAAAUGGAUUCAGACCCAAUCAAUUUCUGAAUGUCUUAUCUAUAAAAUUAAAUGAAUUAGUUAACAAUAAUAAGUGGAGUUUAGAAGAACGAAAGAUGAUAGAUAAUACAUUUGAUCGGUUCAAUAAAAUAUCAAAAUUUAAUCUGUAUGAUGGUUGUUUUAAUGAUGAUAAUAAAACUACUUUCCACAGUAAAAAUGAUACAAAAAUAUGUCUUAAUAUUAAAGGAAAAAAUGAAUCUUGGCGAAAACAGAAGGUUGAUUUGUCAUCACAAAAUGAGUUUAAUAAUAUUCAUCAACGCCAAUUUGCUUCAAAAUAUGUUAAUCAAAAGAAUUCUUUAGAAAAACAUGGUGCUCGGGGUGUAGAACCAUUAACAAAUCAGCACAAAGAAAUGUAUAAUAGUUUUGAAUUACCUAUAAAAAUCCAUAAUGAAACAAAUUUACAUGUUGUGUCAUUAGAACAAAACUCUAUCAAAAGACCGUUUAGUAGUAGGAUAUAUGAUAAAAGUGGUAACAGAUAUGGCGAUUCUAAAUCAAGUUGGCGAAAUCAGCAAAAUGUUUCUCAGAAUCAAAACAACUUUGAAACAUUUCACAACCAUGGAAUUAAUUCUAAACGCUCUCAAGGAUAUGAAAAUGAAUCCCUGAAAAAUCAAGAAGCUAGAAAGCCAACACAUGCAUCUGGAAAUCAUUCAUUAUCUGGUGGGUCUUGCAAAGAUAUUGAUGAUUUAGUUUGAGUUAAAUGUAUAAUUCAAAAAUAUAAUUUACAUCAUUGUUGAUUUUUAUUAAUUAACUAUUUAUUAUUUUUACUGUAUUUAAAAAAAUGUUUAACUAUCUUAUUUUUAUUCCAAAUAUAUUUACUUAUUUAUUAUUUC